AUGAUCUUCUGGAGCUCGAGCACGGGCAGCAUCGAAUGGUCGAAUCUGGAGCCGACAAAGGGGCGGCUAACAGCAGACGAGAAGAAGGAGCGGCAGAAGGCGUACCGAAACGCGAGUCAGUCCUACUGGCAGACGCCCAAGCGCAUCUACUAUACCCUUACCGCCGACUUUGAGAGCUUCACGCCGGCACGGCUCCUCUUUGACUCUGGCUACUCAACCAUCGACGCCACCGUCCUUCGCAGCGAGGGCCACCACCGCAUGGAGUGUUGA